UGGAAAAGUUCUGGGAUGUAGGGAAUCCUUGUUUACAUCCUCCCGGAGUACGCCGCGGGGGCGGGGUUGGCUCCGCCCUCAUUUUUUAGGCCUGACGUCAUUGUCGCUUGUGUUUUUUAUGAAUGAAAGAAUCCAACCUCAGAGAGCAGCGGAGUAAUUCCGGGAAAAGGCGGACUGACAUUUUGUCGCCAGAGUUGCUUCGACCCAGUAGAGUGCCUGUAUCUGUGUUGACUGGUGCUUGGGGGGGAAACACUGAAGACAUUUGGAUCAUGACGACAGAAAGAAACAGCAAAGCCUUGAAGGUGAAGCAGGAAUGUGGCGAGAACGUACCCUUCCUGUCGGACAGUGAGCUCAUGUCCCUCUCGGUCCGGGAGUUGAACCUCCACCUGCGCGGCAUGUCCCGCGAGGAGAUCCAGAAGUUGAAGCAGCGCCGUCGCACCUUGAAGAACCGGGGCUAUGCCGCCAGCUGCCGGGUCAAACGGGUCUCCCAGCGUGAGGCCCUGGAGAAGCAGAAAAUGGAGCUUCAGAGGGAGGUGGAGAGGCUCGGGGCCGAGAACGCCGGCAUGAGGAAAGAGCUGGAGGGGCUCGGCGCACGCCUGGCCGCUCUCCAGAGAUUCGCCAGGGGUCUGGAAGCAGGAGGGGGCAACCUGCUGGCUACAGCCCCACGCCUCAACACCGCCUCAGUCAUCACCAUCGUCAAGAGCCCACCACAGCCUCAGCCACAGAGAGAACAGGAGCCAUCCUAGAAGGAGCUGCUGCAACCAGACUCGGGGGGAGGGACGCACAACCUGCAAUGCAAACACACAGUCACACACCUGCAGACAUACACAUACUAUAUACACACAUGCCGGAGAACAGGAAGACGAUAUUAGUAGGAAAAUACUAAAGUGCUUGUUUGCAUCACGCCUCGUUCACAUUAUGAUAUGAAAGAGUCAUUUGAUCGUGUGUGGCACACACUGACAGAAGGGUGUGUGUAAUGUUACCAAACAGGUAACAGCUAUCCUUCAAGAAUUGCCAGGAACAGCUGAAAAAUCAUCUAGGACUGGUGGAGGUGUCCUCUACUCGAUGCUGUUUUUGUAACACUGCAGCUUAGUUGACUGAAAUUUACUAAAGUACGUUUGUUCAGAAACUCUCAAAGUUCAGAAUUAUGUUCAGGACAAUGCAGCAGGUGUAAUGUGAACGAGACGUCGAGCACUGACGCACACACACAUGCACAAAAUCCUCACACUCAUUCCCCGAUCCACACGGGGGGUGAAGACAUUGACUAAGUGGACUCUUGACAGAAGCCAGACCAACCCAACCAGAGUUACUGUACAUCUCCACUGCUCAGCAAAUCCAGCCGUGACGCUGGCGCUCUCUGAUCGUGCUACAGAAAGACCAGGGCUUCUCCACGCUUCAGUUUAUGGCGCCUGACCAACAGCAAAAUGCCAGGGUGGAGUAUGUGCUGCUUCCUCCUGCUCUACAAAGUCUGCAUUCUUGGUACAGUUGUGGUGUGAAGUUAUUAGCCAUUUUUCAUACCAGCCCACGGUCAUGUGUUUUGGCUACCAUUCAAGAAAGUGUCCCAAAGUAUGAAUCACUUAGUCAUUAAUGCAGAGUUUCUCAGCCUUGUUGUUACUUGAUAUCCAGGCAGGGGACACAGGAGAUUUCUGAGACUAAUAUAUUGACAUCUUUUGGGGAUCUUUGUUUAAUAGUUUGAAAAGGAUCCUUUCUAUAUAAUCAAUCUGGUGCUUCCUUAAUUCUCCUGAAAAUGAAAUAGAGCAGUACGCCAUACUCAGAUUCACUUGACAGCUCUCUAACUGCUUGGGCUUUGAGGAUUUAGGAAGCAAAAAAAUUGUCACACAGUCCAGAAAAAGGUGGAGAAACACUGCAUUCGCAAAUCAUAAAUUCCUUGUUCAUUCAGUGAAAAAUUCUCCUAAGUUUGGGAUUCAGCCAAUCACUGCUCCCCGUCUGUUCUACCCCUCUGUGUGAGGAGAAAGUGGUUUUAUACUGCGUGUGUACACACUUCCCACAUUAAUGCAGUGCCUUCAGUGUAUGUAGGAGUUAGAAGAGUGCAAACCUAAGAGGGAAAAGGUUAAAAACAGACUGUAAUCGCUCCUUCUUGCCCGUUCAUGAUCACAUAUUUCCUUCUUUCUGUAUGAUUCCUUUUGAUUUUCCUAGUUUCUGAACUGUAAUCCCACAUUACUCAUUUCACAAUCCCUACUGUGCAGUAACUUUGCUACAGUCUGCUGUGGCUUCCUUUUUUUUCCCCCCAUAUCUGGUAGACUUCCAACAACAGAUGUUGGUCAUCUUGCUAAAAACGUGUCAAAGCGGAGUCGCGUCUGGUAGGAAUUACGCUCAAAUCGAUGCAAAUCCUCUGCAUACAUUCCCAUUUUGUGUUCCUAUUUGUAACGUUUGUAUGUGUCGUUGAGAGACGAAAAUGUUGAGUGACAUUUAUCAGAGAUAUAUUCUAUAUUUUAUUUGUAUUUAAAGGUAGAUAUUAUGAAAAGACAAGCUAACGAGUGCUGUGAUGUUCUGUCUGUUUUCAGAAGUACUUACUUAUGACUAGUCUGGGGUUAUUCUCAUGUCUAAUUAUUGUGUUGUGUGGCGACGAUGAUUACUUUACAAAAUGUUAAUUAUUAGCUAUGUAGAAAUAUGCUCAAAGCCAAUGGCCAUAUUGCUGUAUGAUGAUUUUUGUGUGUUUUUGCCAUGUUUGUACUGGCUUGUCAUAGUGGAUUCUUGGAGGGAUAUUAUUUUUCUACGAUGGUUUGUUUGUUAUUUGUGUGAAAAAAAAUAUUAAGGUCACUUCUAAUUGGCGGGCUGGGAAGAACCCCUAGAUGGUAAAGGAAAACAGAUGAGUGGAAACGUGGAGAGAAAGAUGGAGAUGAGGAGGAGACAAGAAGGCUGAGGGAGUCGUUGGAUGAUGGAGACAGAAAGUAGGCAAGGCGGACUUAGGAAAGAAGGUGGAGAGAAAGAGAGAGGGAGAGAGGUGGUGUUUUAUUCACUUGAAAUCCUCCAUCAGUCGUAGGCCUGUUUGAGUCAAGACAAGCUCAAACAGGCCUGGAUUUCAUGGAGCCUAGGCCACUGAAUAGUGCUAGCAAUAUCAUUUAUAAGCAGGCAUUGUAACACAUUAGACUGUGUUCACAAAUAACUCCUUAAGAUAUGAGGCAUAUAUUUAGCUAUAUAAAUAUCAGUGUGGCAAAGCAUUUAUUCUCAAUAUUUUAACGUCUCACAUCUGUCAAAUUGUGCUGGAUGUUUUGUAAUACUUGCAAAACAAAAAUGGUCUUUGUAUUUAUUACUUGUAUUUUUUCUAUUGUGAAAAUUUAAGUACAUUGUCUAUUUUAAAUAUUAAUUAUAAUAAAUGUUGUACAUAUUGUACAUAAAAUGGUGCCUUUGUGAUUAUCAGCUAGAUUGUAAGAGCAGAUGCACACAUGUGGUACAGAAAGGAAGUGGAUCUACAGGAUGUGUUGCACAAGUUAUGACUCCAGAUCAGAAGAUAAACUCAAGGUUAAAGUAUAAAUGGUGAGCUGCUGUUUUUGGCCAAGUGUUAUGGCGACUUAACAAGUGAGCUGAUAACAUGUUGAAAAUAAUGAUGAGAAAGGCCAAAUUUCUCCAAUUCCUUUGACAAAUAAAUUAUCAGGUUAUUGUCUUGAUAUACACGGGCUGCUACCUAAUUUGCUGACUCCGGUAGACGAGCACAGUGCUCAUGUUUACUUCAGCUUCUCUGCUAAAUCCCUGAUGUUCUCCUGUGGGUGUCGGGGGUGAUUCAGCUGUGGCCUGGUGCUUGUUUUG